AUGCAGUACUGUAUUAUUCUAUUUUUGAAUUUUAUUACUAUUAUUUUAAUUGCUGCUGAUGUCUCUAUCUUUCUACCAAUUACGGUAGUUUCUGCAGAACCACAGUAUACAGUACCUAUACAAUCGGAGUUCACUGCAUAUAUUUCAGGUGACCAAUGGCGACGUGUUAUAUAUCGUCUAUCUAUACAAAGUAGUAAUAAUGAUCAUAGUGAUAAUAAUACAAUCUACAAACGUAACGGAACCCAUUGUAUUAAUAAUAAAAGUAAUUCUCAAACGCUUGUAGGGGAUACAUUUCAUUGUAUUCUCAUCUCAGCCCUUCAUCCCUUUCCAGACACAAAUGCCUAUCCUUCUCCUACGGGUAUAAUAUCUAUAUUUCUCACACAAAUAACCACCCCCAUCAUCAUCACUCCUCUUAUGCCGAUGGGAUUAUAUCUUUAUUUUGCUGUUGUGCGUAUGAUGGGCAAUGGCUCUAUUGCACCCAAUGAUGAUUCUCUCAUUGCACAACUCAUACGUACGGAUAUAAAUCCACUGCGGGAGAUUUAUUAUGCCAAUGGUGGUCUUCCCACAGACACGGUGGCUUUACAAUCUGUAAAGACGGCAGAUAAUGGACCAUCACGAGAACGUUUCUGUGGGCCAUCGUGUCUGUGGAGUGUAAUUAUCAUUAUACCACUCUUUGUAACGACACUCCUCUUACUUUUGGUAUGCAUCUCCGUCAUUGGAACCGCAAACGAUGCUGGACGAUCACAACAACAACAACAACAAAAAGAACAACAACGGGAGGAAUAUGUUAUUGUAGCCUAUACACCAGAGGCGGAACUGGAUGAGUUUAUAAACUGUGAAGAUUGGGGGCCGGUAACCUUAGUAGAUCCAGACUUUCUACAAAAAUAA